AUGGAAUACCGGUAUACCACACUCGAGCCUCGCUCAAUCCGCCUCCUGAGGCUCGUUCCCGGGAUCGAUGCCGACGUCCUGACCGGCGUGCUGGUCACAGCCUCCCUCGACAAUGUGCCCGACUUCACUGCGCUGUCAUACGCAUGGGGCUGCCCGGAGCCCCGGCAGAGAAUCUACCUUGAUGGCUUCAAGGCCGAAAUUGGGCCAGAAUUACACAGCGCCUUGAAGCAUCUCCGGUCUGCCGAUCAAAAAACCCUCAUCUGGGCUGAUGCGCUUUGCAUCAACCAGGCGGACGUGCCAGAGCGCACCCAACAGGUCAAGAUUAUGGCUCAUGUCUAUGCCGCGGCGAGGGAAACGGCAAUCUGGCUUGGUGACGAGUCGCCUGAGGUUUUGAGGGCCUUUGGC